UCGCCCCGAAAGUGCGGAGAUUCGCCCCGAAAGUGCGGAGAUUCGCCCCGAAAGCGGCGCUCCGCGGGAGGGUGGCCGGGACAUGGCGGCAGGCAGGCAGCCGGCACGGAGCUCCGCCGGCGGCGGCCGCCCGCGCACGGAGAGGCCGCAGUGACGCUCCGCCGCCUCGGGGCCGCGGGGAUGGACCGAGACAGCGCCGAGGGAGGGAGAGGAGGAGCGGCUGACUUGGUGUCUGCCCUUCCUCCCGAGAUCAGCUGCCGGAUUUUCAGCGGGCUGGAUGUCGAGAGUCUGUGCCACGCGUCCGUGGCCUGCAAGGGCUGGCACCGCCUCAUCGAGGGCAGCGAGCGGCUGUGGCGGCGGCACUGCCUGGCCGUGCGCGCCGUCUGCCAGCGGGAGAUCGACGGCGACCGGGGCCACGGCUACUCCUGGAAGAUUACACUGUUGAGAAACUACUGGAAAAGCAAAGUGAAGCAAGAAUGGCUUAGUGGGAAAUACAGCAACAUUCCUUCUCAAUUCAGUUUGCCAGACAAAAGCAUGUAUCCAAUGGAUGUCGACACAUGGGGAGAAAUCUUGGAAGCAGAACUUGAGAGAUGAUAAACCAGUGCUGAUUCUUGCAACUCAGAAAACUUUUGCCAAUGGCAGUCACACUGUAUGGCAGUUGUGAAACUGAUUUUGAACUGAUUAUGAAUUUAUGAUGAAAACGUCUCCAAAAAAAAGUUAUGGGCGUCUUUUUUUAAUUUGCAUUUUAGUGUAUUAAUUUUAUGCAAAAUUCUAAAGGCUACUAAAUCUUCAGUUGUAAUUUAUAUUUAUAAAUUUAACGUUCUACUGCACUGUCAAAAAUAUGCUGAUUAUCGUUUCAGUUUGCACUUUUUGUUUAAGAAGAGAUGAUUUUUAUAUUAAAAAAAAAAAAAAACAAAACCCCCUAAGGUAGGUGUGUUUGACCUUUUGAUAUGAAAUGUAUCAGCAGCACAUGUGUUUUGUCUCUCUUAAGUACCAUUAUUAUCAUUUUUUAGGCAACAGAUGGGAGAAAAAUCCUUGAGAGAAAAAGGGAAAAAAAAAAAGAAAAAUCUUAACCUCCAACAAGUCUGGGUGACUUCUGUCUUAACUCAGAGCAAAGAGCAUUCCUAAAUAUAGAGGAUGUAGCAAAAAGAUCAAUGAAUUGCAAACACUGCUUCCACUAUUGUCAGCUGUUCUGCUCCAAGAUUGUUAGUGCAAAUUAAAAAAAAAAUAAAACCAACAGAAAAAGGCACACCCAAGCACAUUGAGGGUACUGCUUCACUCCCUGCUCACAGAAUGUUUUACCCUGACUCUUUAAGAGAGUAUAAAGUGCAAAAAGUGCAUCUAAGUUAAUAAAGAAGAAAACAUUUCUAGCAGUACAUUCUCAUCACCUCAAAACUCCCCAGUUUUUUAAUCAUAACAUAGGGAAACUGCACAAUAAUGGAUCUGGUCCCUCACCUUUCUCAUCCAGCCUUCUCUGUUACCUCCAGUCUGUAACUCCCUGACAUUUAUCCCCUAUUCCUGCUCCUCUCAUGCCCUUAUGCUGUAAAUUCUCAUGUAUUUGUCUCAGGAUAGAGUUUGUAAAUAGAAUAAUAUUCAAGUAUGGAGCCUAAAACAGUUACUUCACUGUGCACUUAGCUGUAGCUUUUCCCCAUUCUUGAAUAAGCAUUAAGAAUCCUCAAUAUCUGUUGUGUCUCUGGUCGGAUCAGGUGGCUGUGCCUCUUUUAAUCUAGGAAUUAAACAUGCAUGCAACAAGGCCUGCAUCUUUAAAGCUGGAGUAACAGUGGUGUAAAUUCUUGUGAAAAAUCUAUUAGUGAGGGGAAAAAAAAAUAUUUAAAUACAAAUCCACAUAAAAACAAAGUUUUCUUCCUCUCCCUA